UCUCCCUUCCUCGAAGAGUUGCAGCUGGUUGGACAGGAGCUGGUGAGUCUGGCCUGUUUGCAGAGCAGCCUUCCAAGUGCACUUUAUGGGCUCUGCAUAAGUUUCCAGCCCUGUCUCAGCAAUACAUUGCAUAUGUCCCAACCUCGCUCCCUUCGGAGUUUACAUCAUUUGUUUUUAAGCUCUCCGGUAUAUUUUCUCUUCCUCUUCCAAAAGCUGUAAGGAAUUAGCUGCUAAACUAAAACAGGAGGGCAGUUCUCCUGCUGAUAAAGAGCUGAUUUUUGGCUGAAGUACAGAGCCCCAGUCUGCAGCACAGCUUCCAGAGCAGCUCCUGUCUCCAGCUGCCAGAGGAGUGGUGCUCACACCUUCCACAUCCCAGGGCGGGCAAGGAGCCACGGUGGGAAAGCUGGGAUGGCCAAAGGAAGGUUUUGAUACCUUUACUGCAAAUGAGCCGUGGUCAUCUUCCUCAUAUAGAGCUCCAGCUUGACAGAGUCCCUGGAAAGGCUGCAGGACUUCCCUGGAGAGCCUGGUGGUUGUAUUGGCCUGCUGAGGUGGGACUGGGGGGAAUGGGGCUGUUCCUGCAGCUAUUGAGGUUUCACAGCCAUGAUCAGAUGAUCCCAGAGGGGGUGUCCCACCGUGGUCUCCCUCACCUCAGCUCCCUUUUUGCACUCUCUGUUCUGGUUUGGACAAUCUCCCACUCUGCCCAGCUCACACGGGUUCCCAGUCAACACAUUUUCAAAUCCUUUUUUGUGCUUCAGAGCUCAUUGCUUGUGAGCUGGGAAGUGGAUUUUUCCUCACCCCACAUCCCCAAAGCUGCUCUGAAAUCACACCAGAAAUCGGUACUAGCCACGAGCCCAUGGGCAGAGGUGAGGAGGGGUCACCUCUGCACUUGCCAGGCUGGAAGGACAGGCUGUCUCCAUCAGCUGGGCAGGAGGAUCGUGGUUUAAAGCUGCUCCCCAAAGCAGGGGUCACUGAACGGUGCUGUCAGUCAGUCCUGAACUCAGGGUAACUGAAAGGAGGAGAAAGGAUUAUUAUGAUUUACUUCAGUACCAGGAAAUCAGCGGCCCCCACGGGAGCAACGCUGGCGGUUUCUAUUGAUUCUUUUUUUUUUUGCUUGCUUUGUUCCUUUUCAUUUUUUUCCCUGCCCACUGUUAUUGCACACACUGAUUCCCCCAAGGGGUCUCUUUGCAAGGCCCUGGAGAGCUUUGAGUCAGAUUUCCCAUGAGUGUCCAGACUGCAGCUUGUCCCAGGCCUGUUUUUGCAGUGUUCUGAAGGAGAAGCUGCUUUGUCUGGGCUGGAUCACAGCACCUCCCUUCCCUCAUGGCCUCCUGCGCUCCAGCAGCAGCAGGAGGAGAUGGGGAGCAGGAGAGCAUCUCAUGGUAGGGAUGUGAGCUCUGUAAACACCAGUGUCUCAGAAAAGGGGAUCCUUCUGCCUUGAAAGCCUCUUGUUCCCUCCCUCCAGGAGGGAAGUUUCCCUUCCACACACCCCAAUCCCAGGUCCACGUUCAGCCUCGUGGCCCCCAAGAGAACUGAACACUCCUGGGGUGAGGCCAUUUUGGUGGGUGCACAAAGAGCUUUUGCUUCCUGCAAACCAAACUUUCUCCUCUUGGUAAAUUUUAUAGGUAGAACUCGAUAUCCUCCUCUUCAGGAACCUCCUCCUUGUAAAGGGCAGAUUUAGUGUCCUGCUGAGUUAGACAAGGGAGAUGCUGGACUUCCCUUUGCUUUGGAGAUUCAAACAAAUGACAGUUGAUUUAAGCCAAUCUUUGAGGCGUGGAAGACGAUAAACUCCUCCAGAGCUCGUAAAUCCAGGCAAGCAGGGAGAAGAGAGAGAUCCUGUUACUCCCACUCCAGUGCAGGAGCCCUCUCAGACACCGGCCAGCCCCGCUGGAGACCCUCGAGACCUGUUGGGAGUUACUGGCGCUUGGGAGGUGCUUUAAAUCUGACUGCCAGAGCUGUGGGCUGCUGAGAGCAGAAGCUGCCUGCACGAUGCUGAGCUCAGGUCUUCCUCCCAUUCUCCUGGUGCUCUCAAUGCUGCAGCUGAGCUGGUCCCUGAGUGAUGAAGAGAAGAAGAUCAUCUUGGAUGAGCACAAUAAAUAUCGCUCCCAGGUCUCUCCUCCUGCCAAGGGUAUGAUGAAGAUGACCUGGGACACAGACCUGGAGUUUGCUGCUCAAAAACAUGCAAAGAAUUGCAUCUGGGGCCAGAACGGGAGCCCAGGCAGGGUAAACCUCUUUGCUACAACUUCAACCCUGGAUGUAAAAUUGGCUAUUGAAGAAUGGAACGAGGAGAGGAAAUUCUACAACUUGACAACCUCCACGUGUGACCCCGGGCAGACGUGUGACAACUACAUCCAGAUGGUCUGGGGAGACACAAAUCGUGUUGGCUGUGGGAAGAGUUCUUGUAAGAAGAUGGAUGGAAUUGAAACAGAGAACGUACAGCUGUUUGUUUGCAGAUAUUUUCCCCCGGUUAGUAGAAAGAAAGGAGUGCCCUACAUGGAAGGACCCUCAUGUGAAAUGUGUCCCAAUAGCACAAUCUGUGAGAACAACCUGUGUGCCCGGGCUGCAAAACUGGAGACAAACUUGAACCAGACAAGUGUGGAUCCACCCAAAGAUGGAGCCCCCAGGACCUGCUUGGGCCUUUUGCUCUUCCUCCUCCCCAGUGCCACCCUGGUGGGCCUUCUGCUCUGAAGGGUCUUCCUCAGCUCUCCCUGCACCCCUCACCAAGGCUUUUGUCAGCGCUGGUUCUUCCACAGCCCUGGUAGGCUCAGGAGACUCCUUAGACAAUUCACACCCUCCCUCCUUACGCUGCCUCCUCUGCUGCAGCCCCGGCGAGCCAAGGGGGAGCUUUGUUCCCUUCCUGAGGAGACCUGAGGGCAGGAGGGUGUUUGCCAUACUGCUGGUGACCUUGGGCACUUCUCCUUUUUCCUGGCUUCUGUUCCAUUCCCAGGCUGGAAGUGUUGAGCUCUCCCACUCACCUGUCCAUGUGGCUGGCAGGCCCUGCCACAGAGUGACCCUGGGGACAGCAGGGUGACUUGGGGACAGUGAGACAUGGUGUUGGCUUUGGUGUUUGUCCAUGUUAUAAAUGCCAAUACAGUAGUCCAACUAGAAAUAUAAUUUUUGGUGUAUUAAAAAAGGAUUGAAUUACAGAAUUUCUGCAAAACCCCCCCAGCAGAGUGACAUUCACAAUUGACCCAGGAAAUCGUCAAGGGUGAAGUGGGAUGCAGUAUCUGGCACUCUGCUGUCCCCCCUGAGUUCACAAACUGGCCUUGUUCGGGGCUUAGUUUUUAUACACUUUAUUCCGCUUCUGGCAAAAAUUUCCUCAUAGUCCUUUUGUUUUUAUGCUGGUUAUUCAAAUUCAUAGUUGUCUCUGGCUGAACUGAAGAGUUUCCUCCUCUUUUUUAAAUUGUCAGUGUUUGGUUUCCCGUGACUGAAUAGACACCAAAGUUUAUGAAUGGAAAGAGUUCAUCUUCGGAGAUUUUAACGAUGAUGGUGCUCUGAUGGCUCUGCCUUCAAUGGAGGAAGGACUGAUAGCUUAUCUUAAUGUGUCCUUUCUGAUGCCAAGGAGAAGGCCAGGGUUUUCCCAUAAAUCCUUUGUCUCCUUUCUAAAUGGAAAUUCCAGGGUGGUGCCUGCCUCAGUGAAUUCCAAGGCAGACUGAAAUUUAAGACUAUAUUCCCAUAUAACAUAUCUACAUUGGUUUUUAUAAUUUCUAACAUCCCAUAACCCAUAAGAACACAAAUUACCAUCCCAUAUUUUUCACAUCCAGAUGAGUUUCCAGCAGAAAGGCUCUUUUCCCUCCCAAGGUGUUUCAGUUUUGUACAUAUUUUAUCUCUUUACUUUCUUGUCCAAAUAGAGUGGCUUUUUUUAAGAUUUCUGUUUCCUCCUGGUCCUGGUGUAGCUCUGGCCAGUACUACCCAGCUGUUCCCCCCUUUCCUCCUCACACUCUGCAGCACUUGCCUCUUCCCUCUGUCCUCCUCCCUCUCUCUUGCUCUCUGGCACAUCCCAUUCCUCAGUUACUCCAAAGCAACAGAUUUAUUUUACGUGUGUGUUACGUGUGUGCCGGCACCUGUGUGCACGCACAGAAGAGAAACCUUUAGAGCUGAGAGAGGCCACAGGCCACCAGCUCCUUCAUGUAGCUUUUCCCUGCAUGGCUUCAUUCAUUGCAUCAUUUCAGUGUAUUUGAAUUUAAAUACAGAUCCUGCUUAAUGUGUAA